AUGGACAGAGGCGACAAGGCGUCGCCCACACUUCUCGAUCAUGCAACCUACGUCGGUCCUGUAUCAGUGAGGACUACCACGUUUCGCGAACGAGGUUUAUUCACGAUGGAAAUUGUCAAAGCUGGUGAUAUUCUCUUCUGUGAGAAAGCCUUUUCGCCCGCCUUUCAUGACGCCAACGAGUUCAGACAGGGCCUUGCCUUUUUGAUCAACGCAAAAACAGACGCUAUGACGGUGGGGACCCAAGCUGAGCUUAUUAAGUAG